AUGUCGAAUGGGCAGGCGGCAGUCUCACUGCUCGAGGCCUAUGGCUCGUACCCCAUUGCGAGGACCUUUGCAGCCACUGAUUCAGUGCCCGAGCUUCUGGACUCAGAAAUUCCCGCUUACAGCUCCGCCUUUGAUGCGGAUCCUUCGGUCAAGAGGCAUUCUGCCUGCGAUGAGUGCCGAAAGCGCAAGUUGAAGUGCUCGGGCGAGCCCGCUGGCUGCGCACGAUGCCUCAAGCACAACUUGACAUGCCAUUACUCGGCCCAGAAGCAGAUGGGGAGACCACGCAAGAGACAGAAGAUUGACGAUGCCAACGACUUCCCGCAGGCUGACGGCAUCGAGGGCAUUUCCUCUGCAGAGACGUCUUAUGUCAAUGGCGUCCUGCAACCCACUCCUGGUGCCUCCAUUCCUACUCCUUACCAUCAUCCUCUUCAUCCUCCACCGCCCGCCGUCGUCGAGUCGGCCAUUGACCCUGAACUCUCUGAAAAAGCUGUUGAGCGUACAAAUUUUGAGAACAUCUGCAAUGCUCCCAUUAGCCAGUCUAUCAAACGGUCUAGCCACGACGCUCGCGCCGCUGCGGAGAGGGCAAAGUCCUCAAACACUGGCAAUGGCAGCAGCCAGCUGCCUUCCCAAGGCUCGAGCAGCACGUCACCAUACGAUGGGCCUCGCACGCCUCCAGGUGGAAAUGAUGUUAUGUCCAAGAUCAACUACCCCGUCGAUGUCUCGCUGUGGCCUGACUUCAGUGACAUGACUAUGCUUCCAAUGCUGGUACAAGACAGCCAUGAGCAGGAGAAACAGUUAUACUCUGCCAACAAUGCGGACCCCAAUUCUUCUCGGUCUUCUGGCACAGGAUCUGGGCUGCAUCCGAACCAGCACGCCGACCUCAAUGCAAAUGCAAGCACAGUGGGGCAACUCUCCACCCUUCCAGCUUGCCCCUGCCUGCCCAACCUCUAUCUCACAUUGUCAACCCUUUCCGCUCUGUCCGCAUUUCCGGUAUCAUCUGGCAUGAUUGAUACCCUCCUCGCCGCACAUCGUACCGGUCGCUCAGUUCUUUAUUGUCACGUUUGCCCUCAGAAGCUGCAAUCGGGUUCUCAAAACGUAUUUCUGAGCACUAUGCUGAUUACCGUGCUUGCUGACCAUUGGCAUCGCGUCAAAAAGGCCAGUGCUCAAGAGUUGAAGUCUGGAUUUGGUAGCUCAGAAUCAGAACCGUCGGAUGAUAUCACGGGAUUUAUGGGCAUCCGCGAAGAUCUCGAGUGGCGCACGUUUGGAUAUCAUCUAAUUCGAGCGUAUGUUUUUGGCGACGAAUCAAUCCCUAGUCCGCCCAAUGCUCCCUUCUCCGCUAUCCCUUCGAGAAAACCGACACCUACGCAUAUAUCUUCUGAGGAUAGUGAUACAUCCACAAUUUACACUCUCGAAUCGCUCGUGGCAGCUAUCGAACGGCGCCAAAAGCAAUGGCAUGAUGUUGAACCCUACCACCACUCGCAGGAGUUCCCCCCUCGUUUAGAGCACCUCCAUUCACAUGCUGCUCAUGGUAAUGUUCAUGGCUUGCCGCGAGGGUACGCAGCAGGCAUGACGCUCGAGGAUCUUCAGAAGUGCGAAGACGAGCUUCGCUCUAGUGGCGCUGCCGAUGAUGGAUUACUGUGUCUCAAGCUUGUCAAGCAUACCAGGAUGAUGCUAAGGACUUUGGAUGGAGGUGUACCGAGAAUUGAGUGA